AUGCGCCACGCCCCCCUUUCGGCCCUGGUGGGUCUGCUCGCCGCAACCGGGCUCGCCGCCAAGUCGCCCAAGCGCGGACUCGCGGCUGUGGGCAACAAGGACUGGCCCGAGGACGACGCGAAUUGGGUGCGGGAGGGCUCGCCCAUCUCGUGGUACUACAACUUCCACUGGAACGUGUCGGAGACGUACGCGUCGCUGGGGCAGGAUUGGAUCGAGUAUGUGCCCAUGCUGUGGGGCGGCGGCGUCAACGACACCGACUUCCUCCGGAACAUAACCGAGAUGAUCCAACCCGCCUCCGGCCGCAAUGCGAGGAAUAUCACGCAUGUUAUGGGCUUCAACUUGCCGGAUCAGCCGUUCGAGUAUGGAGGGAGCGAGAUGAUGCCCCGGGACGCCGCCCGCGCGUGGGUGCGGAACCUUGUCCCGCUGCGCGAGAAGUUUGGUGUCAAGCUGGGGCUGCCUGUUGUGGGGGAUCCCCGUGGUGGAUGGAUUGACCCGUUCCUCAAGAACUGCACCGAGUUGAACAAGGACAAGGAGUGCGAGUUUGACUUUGUGCCGUUCCAUGCGUUGGGGCAUUUCGGCGUGCUCAAGGACCGGGUUGGCUCGUUUUCCUCUGCAUUCCCAGGCGUACCGCUCUGGGUGGUAGAGUACGGCUACAACGACCAGAACCUGUCGACGACGCAGGAGUAUUUCAACCAGUCCCUGACAUUCCUCGAGGGCAACAAGGACGUGGCGCGGUACAGCUGGUUCGGGUCGUUCCGCAGCACUGUCUCCAACGUCGGCCCCAACAUGGCCAUGCUCGAUCCGUGGGGCAACCUGACCGACAUCGGGUCAUGGUAUCUCGGCGGUAACGCCACCGGAAACGCGGCCAUGCCAAACGACACGCCGCGGACUAAUGCGUGCUCCGCUGAGCAUCCUUGCACUGGCGGUGGUGAGAAUGCUGCGGUGAGUGUGUCCGGUGGAGGUUUGGGGUUGUGGGGAGCAGCCGGGGCGGGGUUGCUAUUCCUUCUUCUUUAA